ACGUGUCCAUCUCAUUGUCAGUUCUUUUAUGUUACUCAAGAACGUAUCAACUUAUGUAUAAAAUACCUUUGUAUAAGCUCAUCCAGAUAUCUAACCACCAUGCAGGCAACCUGAUCUUUAUCAGAUACAGCUUAUUUACACUAUUAACUGAACAAGUACGUGAGUCGUCAACCACGUGCUUCUCAUUCACGCUCAAGAACAUCCACAACCACAGCGGGCUGAAUUAACGGCGCUCAGACUCACUCGACCAUUUUAUUCACAAGCCAACUUCUCUGACACUCAGGUGGCGCUCAGGCAGCUCACUGUAAUACCAGAUCAUCGACGGCCGAUAAGGAAGAGAGCAGAUCAUCGAUAUGGCACAGCUAGUAAGGACCACCGACAAAUGGAUUGAGAUUCAGAGUGAUGAUUCGCAGGAGACAUUGGAGGUGCCGGAGCUGAACUCCUCACCUCGCACCUCGUCAGUGCUGCACUCACAUGCGACCAGGGCCAGCUUACCGGCAACGCUGCCAAUAGAACUGCAGCUCAAGGUGCGGACGCAAAUGGGACGGCUCACCUCUGUUCAGGACGUGCACGAGGCAGUGAUAAAAAACUCAGGGGACCUCUCGAUGGAGGAAUUGGCCGAUCUAAAGGCACAGGUAGAAGAAGCGCUCAAGGCCUUCAACCAAGAGCAUGCUUACUUGGAGGUUGUGUGGCCUACCUCAAUGGCUCAUCACGAGUAUUUUGAAGCAAACUGCCACUUGCAAAUGCAAAGAGCUUGUUCUGCGGUCAAAAGAUUCAUCGCCAAGGAGAAGGCAUCGCUACUCAGCUUAAGGUCAACUCAACAACUGGAGACACUGCCAGCUAGAUCCAAACUGCCGGUCAUCUCACUGCCCAAGUUCACUGGGAGCUACACCGAUUGGCCACCAUUCUUUGAGCUAUUCUCAUCAAUGAUUUUAACAAACACCAGAUUACAGAAUGUAGAAAAGUUUUACUACCUGAAGCGGUGUCUGGAGGGAGAGCCAGCUCAACUGAUCUCUAACCUCCCCCUGACAGACACCUCCCUGCAGUCCGCACUGGAACAAUUAAGGACUCGGUAUGAGAAUAAAAGACUGCUCAUUCAGGCACAUUUAGAUCAGCUCUUGGUUUUGCCUGCUAUCGAGCACCAUUCUGCAAGGUCGCUCAACCAACUCCUCACCGCCGCGAUUGAGAACAGGAACGCGGUCCUCAACCUGGUCGAUCCGAGUCAACUGGCAGACUGUAUAUUAGUCCACCAGGUGAGCAGCCGCCUAGAUGGUGCCACGAAGGACAUGUGGGAGGCCUCAUUGGAGGCAACCAACGAAUAUCCCACCUUCGAUCAGCUCACUCAGUUCGUUACGUCACGUGUACGGAUUUUGGAACGGUUCGAGGCAGAUCAAAACAAGUCAGCUCAACCGCAGUCCAAACAGGCGCCUCCACCGGAACAGCCAGCUCAGCCAGCACGGAUCAGAAGAACAAUUUCGCAUCAGGCAGUUUCGAGAGCCUCACCGUAUGAAGCCUGCGAUUGUUGCGCUCGCGGCCAUUACAUUGUUGCAUGCAGCCGGUUCAGGAGGAUGAGCAUAAAGGACCGGUUCAUGUGUGUACAGCUCAACCGAUUGUGCUACAACUGCUUGGGUAGGCACCCAUUGAAGGCCUGCAAAACGACUCGAGGGUGCAAGCUCUGUUCAGCGCGGCACCACACGAUGCUUCAUGGAAGCGAGGUCGCUUUUAUGACCACAUCGACUAAACCACCUGCUUCUCAACCUAAGCAAAGGGCAGGCUCAUCCCAGGCACACUCAUUUACUUCAUCAGGAGCGCAAUGAGAACUCAGCACAGUCGUCAGUUCAACUAACUCAUCUCUACUCACAACAGCUCAUGCUCUAAUAUCAACAUUAGUUUCCACUCAUCAAAUUAGGGUCCUCAUAGACUCCGGCUCAGCAUUAUCUUUCAUAUCGGAACUAGCACAUCCGCUCACCUAUCCUCCAAAGACACCGCUCAACCACGAUCAGUCGAUGUGAUGAUUGGAGCCGACUACUAUGGAUCCAACAUCAACCAUACGUCGUCAAGGGCACACCGUCAAUACCAUUGACUCAAUUUUCAAUAUUUGGAUGGUUCAUUCUUGGCCCAGUUAACAUGUCUCACUCACGUAAUUACCAUCCUCACUUUGCAGUUGCUCACGACGACCAGAAUGACCUGCAAGAGCUGCUCACUGUAAGGGCAAAUUAAAGUUUGAAAAUACAAAAAAAUA